GACCAGGUUUAACCAUUGUCGCUCUCGCUCUACAGAAGCACACGAGAGAGAGGGAGAGGGAGAGAGAGAGAGGGAGAGAGGGAGAGAGAGAGAGUUGAAGAUGCCGAUAGAGAUGCCUCGGGGGCUGCCAUUUUCGGUGGAUACAUGGACGCCGUCUUCCAAAUUGAAGAGGAGCCAUUUCCUCACCCACGCUCACAAAGACCACGCGCAGGGGAUCCUCUCUCACGCUUCCUAUCCUAUCUACUCCACUCUCCUUACCAAAAUUCUUCUCCGCCAAUUCUAUCCCCAGCUUGAUGAUUCGAUGUUCGUUGCUAUUGAGGUCGGGCAAUCUUUGGUGAUUCAGGAUCCCGAUGGUGAUUACGUUGUCACUGCAUUUGAUGCCAAUCAUUGUCCAGGAGCGGUGAUGUUUCUAUUUGAAGGAAGUUUUGGCAAUAUAUUUCACACAGGAGAUUGCAGAUUAACUCCCGAGUGUUUCCUAAGUUUACCAGACAAGUACAUUGGCAAGAAAGGGAAAGAACCAAAAUGUCCACUUGAUUACAUUUUUCUAGAUUGCACAUUUGGUCAAUAUCCUUUGAAGAUGCCCAGCAAAUACUCAGCGAAGCAGCAGGUUAUCAACUGUAUAUGGAAUCACCCUGAUGCCCGUGCGGUGUAUUUGGCAUGUGAUCUUCUAGGUCAAGAAGAAAUACUUGUAGAGGUGUCGCAAGCAUUUGGUGAGAAGAUAUAUGUAGAUAAAGCCAGAAAUUUAGAAUGCUUUAACUCGCUUAAACUCAUAGCUCCUGAGAUCAUAUCAGAAGAUCCAUCUUCACGUUUCCAACUAUUUGAUGGCUUCCCCAAACUAUAUGAAAGAGCUGCAGUAAAGAUAGCUGAGGCUCGUGCCAAUUUUCAGCACGAACCUCUUAUUUUACGUCCUUCUUCACAAUGGUAUGUUUGUAAUGAGGGUGUUUCCGAGAUGGAAAAGCAACAAAAGGCAAGAGUCAAUCAAGCUGUCAAAGAUAUAUAUGGUGUUUGGCAUGUCUGUUACUCAAUACACUCGUCCAGAGAAGAACUGGAUUGGGCCUUGCAACUUCUUGGGCCGAAAUGGGUAGUGUCAACAACGCCUAGCUGCAGGGCUAUGGAACUGGAUUAUGUUAAGAAGCACUGUUUUAAAAAUCGACAAGCUUUUGACGACUCUCUAUGCAAACUUCUUGACAUCAAUGCCGUAGAACAUUUAGUUCCAGAUGGACCAAAUAAAAAAUUGAGCUCCUCAAAUUUGGUGGAGGACAUCUCCAAUGGCUAUGUGGAAACACAAUCUGGAUCUUUGGUCAUAUCCACCUACCAGCGGAAAAGGUUGAGUUUAUCUCCCCCGGGCAAAAGACCUUUGGUCACAUUAUUUGGACAAGCGAGGCUUGGUCUCCCCUAUUUGGCAUUCCCACAUGAAUCUAAAGAUGCAUCAGCCAUUUGUAAUUCCGAGGAGAAAGAACUAAUUGAAACAAAAAAUGUUUCUUUUCAGAAAGAAAAUGUUACUGUUGAGAAUUCUGAAGAGCAACUGGUAGCAAUGAGACAAAGCAAGUUUGCUGGAACAAAUUGCAGUGGGCCUAACAAUAAUUAUGAUAAGGAGGAGAUUUCCACAAGUAGUUCAAUGGCGAAAUCAGCAGCAGAAACAAAAAAUGUGUCAUUCGAGAAAGAAGAAGUUGCUCAAGUGAAUGCUGAAGAGGUAUUAAAAACCAAGAGAAAAAUUGAUUUUACUGAGACAAAUUCCACAGAACUUGCUGCUACCUCAACUGUGAGCUCAUCGAACAGCUAUGGUGAAAACUUAAGAAGAUUAUACAGGCCUAUGAAUGUGCCAGUGCGUCAGCGCCUUCCCUCCCUUGUGAUGCUUAUGAAGGCCAAAAAAUCUGCAAGGAAGAGGACUUAAAAAAAGCUUUUUCCACAAGAAUCUAAAUCCUUAUUUUGAAAUUUCAAGGCUGGCUAUCAUUUGCUCAUGCUUGUUGUUUUCAAGGAACAUCUUUCAACAAUGUAACUUUGAGUUGUGUUGUUUAAAUGGCUUUUUAGCCUGAAAAAGAAGAUAAAAUAUCAGGUAUACAUGAAGCUUUAUACAACUUUUCUCAUAUGUUCAACAUUUUCAGUUUCUGGCUUAAUGGAUUGACACCAAUAGUUUGAUU